AUGAGGAGAAGCAAGAGAGCAGAAGCAGUUCUACAGUCUGGCCUGGAUGUCAAAGCUAGUGAUGAGAUAACAUCUGCCUGGAAUGGCUUGGCCCAGUCCAAAGCUGCUUUACGGCAGAUCGAAAACAAACUAGAGGCAGGUCCAGGAUCAGGGGUGUUGCUGGAAUCUGUUAUGGUAUCUUCCAAGAAAAAACCCUCUAGAAAAGAUUUGAACAAAGAUGGACAACAACGUGAUCAAAUAGAAAAAUCCACAAAAAUGAGAAGUGGUCAUUCAAGAAGUCCAGAAAAGAGUAGUUCUCGAGGACCACUUCAGAACUCCACCCAGGAAAAUACUGCACGCAAUAGUGUGGAAUUCAGAGAGCCAUUAGCCUCCUACAGAGAGGCCACCCCUCCGCCACAUCCUUCGUCUAAGCCUGAACUCGGCAGUCUGCAGUCGGCAACAGGGUCUUCAUACUCAUCACAGCUGUCAAAUUCAAAUCUUGUGUACGAGAGAGAGAGCAGAGACAAGCAAACGGACGAAGAUGUGGAUAGCACACACUCCUCCACAGUGGAACGAAUGGAGAUCCGCUACCUCAAUGACCUACCAGCCCUGGACACAAUAAGGACUAAUCUAUCUCACUCUCGGGAGCUUACCAGAGAAGCCAUACAACAAACCAGCACUGUCAAAGCACAAAUUUUACAGAGCACUGACGGCAAAGGGAGUGGAAGCACGCCGUCCACUAGUCCUGGGUCUGCUUCACAACGCUUGGAAAACCUAAGACGUCAUCAACCAGAUGAUAAACUGGAAAAGCUAAAGGAGCGAAUUCGAAAGCAGAGAAAGCAUCUAGAGGAGGCGGCUGAAAAAGAAAAGUUUGGGAGUUAUUUAGAACGACCGCUUGUUGGAAAUGACAGCUGUGGUACGAGCACCAUUCCAUCUGUUAAAGUACGGAAAGUGGCAGCUGCGCCUUCAGCUCCUAUCUAUAAAGGUUUCAAUAGUACUCAAACAAAAAUACAGACCCCUGAUGGAAAAAUUUGGCGUGAAGAGGACUUCCACAACCUCAGUUGCGGAAUUUAUAAAGACUUGUCUCACCAGUUUGCAGAAGGCACAAGAUCUCUGCUUCUGAAGGGACAAGGAGACUUCCCCAAAGAAAGAAAGCCUCAUAAAUCUGUGAGGAAAGUCCAAAAGGUUCACCCCAUCUCUGACCUGUCAAGACCAGCUAUAAGUCCUGCUUCAUGGCGAGAGGGUCAAAAGCUUGUGACGAUGAUAUUAGGAAAAAAUCCUAUAGUGACCACUGAGGAGCCCCAAAAGUCUAAGAGAUCAGAAGAAAAGGGCUCCCAUUGUAGAUCCAGUUCAGAGCCAGACAUGUCAGACGAUAUCAAAGGAAUUCUGGACGACCUUCAACUUCAGUGCAAAAAUAGAGAGAGUGAUGAGCGCACCCAUGCCACAUCCCAGCGGGAGACAAGUCGCAGACACAACCGAGGGAAUUCAGGCUCAAGAAGUCGGGCUACAAUCCCUACUGUGGGAACUGCCUCAGCCCGAGGGUGUCGAAGCGCCAGUCCGUCCAAUCGAUCAAGAACUGUCAACAGAGUAGAGCCAGUGCAGAAAAAACGCCACUAUGAUGCAGAUACAGUUCGUCAAUACAUUGCCCAACAACAAGAAAAGAGAAAAAGACGACAGAUGCAAGAAAAGAAUGCCCUGAUGAAGGAGGCCGAACAGCGGCAACAGAGACUGCAGGAGCUGUAUAGAAAACAAAGAGAAGCUGCCCUCACAUUGACCACGACCACAGAAAGUCCUGCACAGGUGCAUCUAAAAAAGACUUUCAACAAACUGUUACACGAAGGAGCGCAACGAACGCAGGAGGCUACUCAAUUGAGACCAAUAUACCAACCUUCUGGAGAGUCGGAUAAAGAGAAUAGAAGGCUUGAACAGGCUCAAAGCCUAUCAAGUAGUGACCAAUCUUUAAAUCCUCUCCCAGGCUCCAGUAAUGACUUCCAUUUUGGAGAAGCCUCGUCUUUUGAGAGUGUUGGAUUAGGGUUGGCUACUGCCCAGGAGGAACAUUCUGAGAAGAACUGGCAGCAACAUAAAGUACAUCCAGAUCCUCACAACAGUUCAGAGUCCCUCAGUGAAGGUCCAUUAAGUGAAGGCAGUCUCACUGAUGGUGAUGGCAGUCCUCUGCAGUCUGCAAAUGCAUUUAGACCCAUUGGCCACCAAGGGGCAGUGCAACACUCUGGGAGGAAAAGUCACCAACGUCUUUCAGAAUUCCAAAAGGAGGCUGAACAGUUUGCAGUGGUCAACUCACUCCUCACUCAGCAGGAAAACUCCAACCCUGUUUGGGAAGAGUUCAACAAAGGAAGCCCUCUAAGUGUCAUUAAUAUUUUCACAAAAACCCUUCAGGAAAAUGUUAAAGUUGGUGACAUUUUUUCAGAGCGGAACUCUCCAUCUGUGCAUCAGCUACCAUCAGGCAGUCAUGUUGCAGAUUUAGAUUAUGAGAAUGACCCCCAAAAAGAUGUGCAUACAUCCAGUUGCCAUUAUGAGGAGCUGAUGAGGCGCUCUACAAGAGGCGCUAAAGCAAUUGAUCCAUCUGCCUCAUCCCCUCAACACUCUUCUUGCUCAACUCCUGGUUCUUCACCUCUUUCAAAGAAUUCCAUCAAAAUGAGAGAUCAGAGUGCUGGUACCACCUUGGUGGAGGAGCACAGAAGUACCCCUCUGCCAGAAGCACUAUCCUUAGAAUUGAGAAAAUGGGACUCGAAAAGAAGCUCUGAAAACAGCCAGAUUACUUCAGAUGAUAUCUCUCAACUUUCUCAUCGCGGUUCGAAUGUGGCCAAGAUGUCUCCACCAUCCAAUAAUAGACAAUCUCCUGGAUCCUUGGAUCAUAGUUCUUUGGAAAACUCUUUUAGUGAUUCCUUAAGAAGAAGCGCUCCAGAAAAGGCGACAAACACAAGCGCUGCAGAUGUUAAGCCAUCAGGUGAGUUGCAGUAUUCCCCUGCAGUUCUACAGCAGCGUCUCGCCGCGGAGCUUCACUACUUGGAGUCGAUAGAAGAGUCUGUGCGACAGCUGGGAGAUAUCGAGCGCUUGAUGGGAGUCUCCAAGGCUCAACAUGAAAGUGAAACCUUAUCUCAUAUGCUUAAGGCCAAGCAACAACAACAUGAGCAAGAAUUGUAUGAACUGAAGAUCAAGGCAGAGAGAGAGGCUCUUGAGACAAAGCUGCAAAUGGAGCAAAAUCGGCAAAGAGUUGCCCGGGCCCAUAUAGAUUUACAAGAAGGUUUGGCUACUACUCAUAAGGAGACUCUGGAAGGCCUCCAGGAGGCCACAACAAAGAUGAUGAGUCAACAGGCUGAGGCAGCACGGUACACAGCUGACACUGCCCGGCACAUCAAAGAAAUGACGGAAAUGGCACAUGCUCAUUUGAUUAAUUAUACUCCACCUUCUGUCCAACUCACCUCUGAACUACUGAAGAAAAGAUCUCAUGCAAGGAUGAGAGACAAUACUAAUCUUAGUUAUGAGUCCAGCAGAACGGGAGAAGAUCACCUUGAUCAUUCAGAGUCUGAAUCCUACAGAAGUCCUGGAAGAAGUUUAUCUUCUGAGCACAAGGACACAAGUCAUGAGCCACUUCAAGAGAGGAGCCAAAGAGCAGAGGGCAGCAUCUCCAUCGAGGAUGAAGUAACUACUGCUGCUAAUGAAUCUCUAUGUAACAGCAUCCCAUCUGUGCAGGAAGAAAGGGGAGAUGCUACAUCAGUUGCAACAGACUAUUCUCACAAGUUUGAGGAGUCAAUAACUGAAGAUGAGAUUGAGGAGCGCUCUUUCCGCUCCUUGUUGCCGUCUGAGGCCCAUCGCAGAGAAAGUUUGGACAGGAAGUUGCAGCAUCACAAUGAAUCGGAAGAAGACGGUAUGAGUCACAACUGCACACCAGCUUUGGUGGCUUAUUCUAUUACGCAGCACCAGCGGGGGUCCUCAGCCUUCUCUGGGGGGCAAGACAGCUUCUCUCAUUUCACAAUGGAGAUGGUCCGUCAGUACAUGAGGGAUGAAGAGGUCAGGCUGCAGCAUCAGAGCGCUUUACUACGUCUCCGUCAAAAAGCCCUCAAAGAAAAAACGCGGACUGAACUGGCUUGGCUCGAACACCAGAAGAAGAAGCUCAGGGACAAAGGGGAAGAUGACAAAAUGCCUCCUAUUAAAAAGAAACAGAGAGGUCUUCUGCUCAAACUCCAACAAGAGCAGGCUGAGAUCAAGCGACUGCAGGAGGCCAACAAAGCUGCCAGAAAGGAGAGGCAAGUUCUUCUGAAACAACAGGAGGAGAUUGAGCGAAUGAGAUCCUCCACGCUCAAACUCAAAGAGCGCCUUCGGUUUGCUGAAACACUCACUGAAGCCCCGUCGGAGACAUCUCUGUCUGAAGUAGCAUCGUCCAACUUGGAACAUACCAAUUUGAACGUCCGCAGUCCUUCUCCUUCUGUUUCCAUCUCUGGAAGUGAGACAAGCAGCAUCAUGCAGAAGCUGAAGAAGAUGCGCUCUCAAACUGAUGAAAAACACUGCUCUCCUCUUCAUUACUUCUUCUCUAUGUUCACUGCCCAACACUGGGCUUCCUUAAGUGUUUGUCUCCCCAAUCUCCGCCCUAAACUCCAGCUUUAUAUCUACAAUCAGUUGGUCAGGUUCCUUACCAAACGUGAGCAGCAGCUGAUGCAGAGGCGUCACCAUGCAGAGGAACUCCUGCAGUGGAAACAGCGACUGGACAAGGAGGAAGCAGAAGUCCUUAAGAUGGAGAAAAAGGCCCUAGCAGCAUGGGAUGAGCAACCGCCACAAGAUAAAGGACUUGAUUUGUCAGAGAGUGAAAAGGAUUUCAGAAUGAUGCAAGGGUCGAAAGACUUCACAGGGGAUUUCAAUCAUUCUUCAGCCACUCCAGAGUCCAGCAUCCACACUGAUGUGGACGUAAAACAAGGUGAAACAAGUGCAAGUAAAAGCACUUCUGCCUCGGAUAUGGCCUCCAUCCAAAGUAGCCCGGCAAAUUACACCGACGACUUUGCCUCAGUGUCCCCUUCACCAAACAGACCAUCUGAUCAGAAGUCACCGAUCAAAGAAAGUAUUGACGUCUCGGUUUCAGAACAUGACCAAAUGUCUAAACUGGGAGACAUAACAGACAACCAUGACAUGAAACAAACUGAGCACAUUUCUGACCAGAGAGACAUAGAGACUCGCAUAAGGACCCUAAAGGAAGAACUUAAAAAACGAAAAUUAACUGCCUAUCAGCUGAAAAAAGAACAAAAGAAGAGGACAAAACAGCGACUUAAAGCACAAGAGGCAAACCUGCUGAAGCAACUAGAGACUUAUAAUGACUUUAUUGAGAAAACCAAAGCAGAGCUAGAGCAACAGCCAGAUUCAACCCCAGAUGCCACGUCCCAAAUCACAGAUGGGGUCUUACGUAGUGCAGAGCAUCCUAGUGAAACGAUGACUCGUGAAAGAUCUCACUUAACGCAUGUUUCUGAAUCUGAUGGACUUCCCUCCUUUGUGGAUAAAGCACAUCCUGGUCAAAAUAGAUCUGUCUCUAUGGCGUCAACCAUUUCUGGCUUUUGCAUCGGGGACCGCGUUGUUGUCAGUGGAGUUCAGCCUGGCACUUUGAGAUUCAAAGGCUCCACCAGCUUUGCAAAUGGAUUUUGGGCUGGGGUGGAGCUGGACAAGUCUGAAGGAAGCAACAACGGCACAUACGAUGGGGUGUUAUACUUUGAGUGUUCUGAGAGACAUGGAAUUUUCGCUCCCCCUGACAAAGUCACGCAUCUCACGGAUAAGUUUGAUAUGUACACGGACACCACCGAAGAUGAUGACUCCUUUCACGAUGAAAUGCCGAAGGAGGAAAAUCUAAAACUUACAUCAAAAGAAACCAGACCUCAAACCGAUCCUUUUGGAAACUGCCUAAUGAGUUUGGAGAAAUUGGAAUCAGGAGAUCUAAAGAGUUCUGAUGAUAUUGAGCAGUUGGAUAAAGCGGUUGACAACUAUCAGCAUCUUGAUCAUACAAUAGUCAAUGGAAAUACCAUUUGGGUCUCUGGAGAUGCUUCUCUCACUCCCCUCACUCCCUUCAUAGACAAUGACAAAGUUCAUAUCAGCAAACAAUCUAAAAUGGAGAUAACCAACCUCAUUGAGAAACCUGAUGUUGAGCUCGACCAUCGGGUUUUGUUUUCUUCCGACUUGAAGAAGGAUGAGAGGCGAAAGGAUAGACUGGGCUCAUUAGCAGAUGAAAUGUUAAACGACAUUGUAAAAAAUGCAGUACAACAUUUUGCAGAACUAAAGAAAUCAAAGGUGAAAAAGAUACAUGAUGCAAAUCAAAUGAGUAGAAACAAAGUUGAAGAAGUUGAAGAAACUUUGGCUCCGUCAGUGGACCAGAAAGAUGGGCUUCCUUUUUUUCUUACUCAAGAAAAAGAGGAAAUGUCUUCUCCAGAACUCUGCAAUCGCCCAGAAAGUCCAGUGCUGGGGGCUAGUGGUCAAGAGGAACUAGCCAAGCGUUUAGCUGAACUGGAGCUAAGUCGAGAGAUGGAGGAGUUUGGGGACGAUCAGGACUGGUUUGACGAGGACUACGGUCUCAGCUCCCGUCGACAACAGCAGCGACUUAAAGAAAAACAACUGGAAGAAGACCAGGCCAAGUUUGGAGGUCACUUUGGGAAGACCACAUCCGGAGUGGGCACAGUGAUGGGAGGACCAGGGGACCAGCAGGUGAAGACGCCCCCUCGACCUGAGCUCCCUCACCCCAUUGCCCCUAAACUGCCCGAGGAGCCAGCUAUGGUGGUGCCCCACUCAGCUGCAGAGAUAGAAAAGAUCGCUCACGCCGCAGUUUUGGAAAUCUGGAAGACUUGUGGAUUGGACAGUGAGGGAUUGGCAAUACUCACAAACCAGCAGAAUCCAAACCCCUCCCAGGAGUAUUAUGGUGAAGAUUCCCACAGCGAUGACCUGGAGGCCGCCUGUCUGCAUAGCUAUAAAAAGGCGGUGUAUGAUCUGACUUGGGAGACCCUUCAGGAUGUUUUUGCUGAAGAUCCCAAUGCCGAUCAGCCACAGUGGGUGAAGCCGCAAAGAGUCAAGUCCUCAUCUUUUCAUGAAAUUAGGACAGCGAGAGACAUCAGCAGAAUCCAGAGAUUUGUGUCUGAUGAAAUACUAAAGCUCUAUGGUCUUGCAACGGAUCAAUGUCAAAGAACCGACUGGCCAAAAAUGCUCAAAUUUGGCCGGAAGAAGAGAGACCGUGUUGACAACAUUCUGGUGCAAGAGCUCCAUGAAGAAGAGUCCCAGUGGGUCAACUACGACGAGGACGAGCUGUUUGUCAAAAUGCAGCUCGCCGACAGCAUCUUUGACGCGUUGCUUAAGGACACCGCGGACGCACUCAAUCUGAUCUACGAAAAAAGAGCCAAAAGAGACGCUUCCUGA